AGGCGGUUGCCAGGCGCCGAGUUCCGGCGUUGCCGGGAGCCGCCGGGAGCCGAGCGGGGGAUGCGGCCGGGCGGCGGGGGCUGCGGCACGGGCGGCGCCGGGGCAUGGAGCGGCGCUGAGGCGGCUCCGGCCGGCGGAGGGGGCGGGCAGAGCGGCGCGCGGCGGGGGCCCAUGGUGGCCGGCGGCCGCUGAGCUCCUGCCGCUCGCUCGGCCGCGGAGGCAGCCCGGGCGGAGCCGCCCUGGGGUCCCGAGGGCGGAGGCCGGCGGGGGCCCCGGGCGGGAAACAAUGAAGCUCCUGAAGCCGACCUGGGUCAACCACAAUGGAAAGCCAAUAUUUUCAGUGGACAUUCACCCAGAUGGGACCAAGUUUGCGACAGGAGGACAAGGUCAGGAUUCUGGGAAAGUUGUGAUCUGGAAUAUGGCUCCUGUCCUGAAAGAGGAAGAUGAAAAGAAUGAAAAUAUUCCCAAGAUGCUUUGUCAGAUGGACAAUCACUUAGCUUGUGUGAACUGUGUGCGAUGGUCAAACAAUGGAGUUUACUUGGCUUCAGGGGGAGAUGACAAGUUGAUCAUGGUGUGGAAACGAGCUGCGUACAUUGGACCUAGCACUGUGUUUGGUUCCAGUAGCAAACUUACUAAUGUUGAGCAGUGGAGGUGUGUAUCGAUUCUCAGAAGCCAUUCAGGGGAUGUCAUGGAUGUAGCGUGGUCUCCACAUGAUGCCUGGCUGGCAUCCUGUAGUGUGGAUAACACUGUUGUCAUCUGGAAUGCUGUCAAAUUUCCAGAAAUUCUUGCCACUUUGAAGGGGCAUUCUGGCUUGGUGAAAGGACUGACCUGGGAUCCUGUUGGGAAGUAUAUUGCCUCUCAGGCUGAUGAUCGAAGUUUGAAGGUGUGGCGGACCAUGGACUGGCAGUUGGAAACCAGCAUCACAAAACCCUUUGAUGAGUGUGGAGGGACAACUCAUGUGUUGCGUCUUAGCUGGUCACCUGAUGGUCACUAUCUUGUUUCUGCUCAUGCCAUGAAUAAUUCUGGACCUACGGCUCAGAUCAUUGAGAGAGAUGGAUGGAAAACCAACAUGGAUUUUGUAGGGCAUCGGAAGGCAGUUACAGUAGUGAAAUUCAAUCCAAAAAUCUUCAAGAAGAAACAAAAGAAUGGGAGCUCCACCAAGUCAAGUUGUCCCUACUGCUGUUGUGCUGUUGGCAGUAAGGAUCGAUCUCUCUCUGUCUGGCUCACGUGUCUGAAACGACCUUUAGUUGUCAUACAUGAGCUGUUUGACAAGUCUAUCAUGGACAUCUCCUGGACCCUUAAUGGACUUGGUAUCCUGGUGUGUUCCAUGGAUGGAUCAGUGGCGUUUUUGGACUUUUCCCAGGAUGAACUUGGAGAUCCACUCAGCGAGGAGGAAAAGAGCAACAUUCAUCAGUCCACCUAUGGUAAAAGCCUAGCUAUAAUGACUGAGGCUCAGUUGUCUACGACCAUUAUUGAGAAUCCAGAGAUGCUCAAGUAUCAACAGAGACAGCAACAGCAGCAGGUGGAGCAGAAGAAUGCGUCAAUUAGGGAAGCAUCUGGGACUGCGACAGCGGCUCCCAAAGUGGCAAGCAUGGUUAAUGGGGAGAGUUUGGAGGACAUUAGAAAGAAUCUCUUAAAAAAACAAGUUGAAACACGAACAGCAGAUGGUCGGAGAAGGAUCACGCCUCUCUGCAUAGCUCAGCUGGACACUGGGGAUUUUUCUACAGCAUUUUUCAAUAGCAUCCCAAUAUCUGGAUCCCUAUCUGGCUCAAUGAUGUCUUCUCAAAGUAACCAGCAGCUCAUGUCAUUAGAUUCUAAUGCAGCAAAUUCCCUUAAUACUUCAAAGCCUUCUAUAGAGCCAACAGCAGCCAGUAUAAAACCAACAGAUGAUGCAGCCAAUAAAGAUGGUGUAAAUGCUACCUCUGCCUCAACUGCUCCUCCUGCAUCGUCUUCCUCCGUGUUGACAACUCCAUCCAAGAUAGAACCUAUGAAAGCAUUUGAUUCCAGAUUUACAGAACGAUCCAAAGCCACCUCAGGGACUGCUGUUGUAACAAAUACAAAUCAGACUGUUGUGGACAGACUGAAGGAUCAGAAUUUAAUUAAAGACAAUAAGCCCAAGGAUAUUCUGGAGAGCAGCAGUGACAGUGAAGAGAAGAUUCCAGCUGCUAAGCCACUCAGUGCACCCAAACGGAAACUGGAACUUGAGGGAGAAACGGUAGAAAAGAAGAAAAAAGGAAGGCCUCGAAAAGACUCCAGACUUGUACCAGUAACUUUAACUGUUCAGUCCCCAGCUACACUGGCCACUGAGAAGGAUGCUGCUUGCAUCUCUGCACCAGCAUUAGCACUUAAACUGCCAACCCCAAUCCCACAGAAAUCGUUUACUUUGCAAGUAAGUUCAGAUCCAUCAAUGUAUCUGGAAGUGGAGAAUGAAAUGACCACAGUGGGAGGUUCAAAGUUGAGCAGGUUAAAGUGUAAUCGAGAAGGAAAGGAAUGGGAGACAGUCCUCACCAGUCGAAUUCUCACUGCAGCGGGAAGCUGUGAGAUUGUAAGUGUAGCCUGUGAGAAACGAACAUUGUCGGUAUUUUCAGCUUGUGGUCGUCGCCUUCUUCCUCCUAUAAUAUUGAAUACACCCAUUUCCACCCUACAUUGCACAGGUUCUUACAUCAUGGCUCUCACCACUGCUGCUACGCUCUCUGUUUGGGAUGUUCACAAGCAGACAGCGAUUGUUAGAGAUGAGUCUUUGCAAACAAUAUUUUCAGGAAGUGAUGCAACUGUCUCUCAGAUCUUGCUGACUCAGCAUGGUAUACCUGUAAUGAGCAUGUCUGAUGGAAAGGCAUACUGUUUUAAUCCUUCUCUUUCUACAUGGAAUCUUGUUUCUGACAAACAGGACUCUCUAGCACAAUGUGCAGACUUCAGGAAUAGUUUACCAUCCCAAGAAGCCAUGCUGUGUUCUGGGCCCUUAGCUGUAAUACAGGGACGAACAUCAAAUUCAGGAAGGCAAGCUGCAAGAUUGUUCUCCAUGCCUCACUUAGUGCAACAAGAAACAACGCUUGCAUACCUGGAGAACCAGAUAGCAGCAGCACUUAUGUUACAGUCCAGUCAUGAAUAUCGCCACUGGCUCCUUAUCUAUGCACGGUACCUGGUUAAUGAAGGGUUUGAAUAUCGUUUGCGAGAAUUAUGCAAGGAUUUACUGGGUCCAGUCCAUUACUCAGCUGGAAGUCAAUGGGAAUCAACAGUUAUGGGUUUACGAAAGAGAGAACUAUUGAAAGAGCUUCUUCCUGUUAUUGGACAGAACCUCCGCUUCCAGAGGCUUUUCACAGAAUAUCAAGAGCAGCUAGACAUCUUGAGAGACAAGUAGCAUUUCCCCAGAUUUUCCCUGCGGGGCCUGGUCCGAGAGAAACUGCUGAACAGCAUUAACCAGAGACAGAAGAGGAGCAAGAGCCCGGUCAGUAGGGAAACUCCUGAAGAGGGCAGUGCUGUAAGGGUCUCAGAUGCUUCAGGAGUGACCUGCUUUAGUUUUUAAAGAAGCUCAAAAGUGGAUUUGUGAAAAUGAUGAGUGGAUGAGCUAGACCGUUUCCCAAGUGAAACUUAACCAUCGAAGCUGUGGCCUCUGUUUCUAUGGAAAGUCGUGGAUAUGUACUUCAGGGGGGUCCUUUUGGAUCUGGAUCUCAUUUUAAUAUCGAAACUAGCUGAGAACUGUUUGUGAGGUUUCUUGGAUGUCCUGUGAAAAGCACAGUACUUCAGAGUACACUGAACAGCAUAUUUAACCCUGUUUAGGGGUUUUUUGCCUGAGGAUUUAUUGAGGCUCAACACUAUAUUAAAUUAGAUGAAUGAGCCACGUAAAAAGAAAUUUCAUAAAUAUUAAGGUAUUAUGCAGCCAAUAGACUCUUUCCUGUGAAUAUAAUAAUAAUAAUAAUAAGAGGCUGUUCUAACACAUGGACUAUUUUUGUACUAGAAUUUGCUAACUUGUAAUAUGGAAUUUUAUUUGGCCGAUAAUCAGGCUAUCUCUACAAAGUCAUCUUGUAGGAAAUUUAACUCUAAUUACAAAAGCUAUGUUUCAAAAGAAUUCCACCAAAUUAACACGUCAUCAUCUGGUUUUUAAUUUUUAAAUGUUUGUAAAAGGCAUUUUGGGGGGAGGGGGAGGGAUACAACGGGGUGGCUCUUUUUUGUAAGUACAAAAAUAAAUGAACAUUGCAUUGGUUUAAAAAACAAAAAGCAAAAACAUGGUCUUGAAUUAUUACAAAGGGCACAGGCAUCUCCAGAAAUGUCAA